AUGGUAUUCUUGAGGUUUUUAAUUGUUAUUGCAGUUGCUGAUCUGUUGUUGUGGAGGAGACGAUGCGGCAGUGUUACUCUGCUUGUUAGUUCCACUGUUCUUUGGUUUCUACUUGAGCGAGCUGGCUACAAUCUCUUAUCUUUUAUUGCCAAUGUGCUGUUGCUUUUAGUUGUGAAUCUCUUUUUCUGGGCUAAAUCUGCUUCACUUCUCAACAGACCUUUACCUCCAAUUCCUGAUAUGGAAGUUCCCGAGGAAUUUGUCGUGAAGGCUGCUGAUAUGAUGCGUGUUUGGGUAAACCAUAUACUGCGGAUUGCACAUGAUAUUGCUAUUAGUGGGAACUUGAUACUUUUUGUUUGGGGCCUCAUAAGCAAAGUACUUUCUAAUGGAGGCUCAUUCAAUGUUUCCUUGAUUUCUCUCAAUUGUGUACAAAAUCAACAUGUUGAAAUACCUUUUAUAGAUUAA